GAUCAGUUAUUUUUCCAGCUCCGAGGACGCGCCUCAUAUGGAUAAAAAUAAGGUUGUUUCUCCUUGUCUACCUUCCUGUGAGGUUAGAAACUUGUGUUGCUUGUUUUUCUACAACGUGUCUCUUAAGAUUAAUUGAGCCGUGAACUUCGAAUCGAACUUUACUGGAGUUUGAAAAGCGGCCGGUUCAGUUCGAGUCCCGCGAUUAAAGCUCCGAUCGACCCGCGGUGCAAAAAUAAUAGUAAAGCGCAGUGACUUGGAGAAGUAACUUUAAUCUGAUUACCGAUUUGGAAAGAUUAACGCGUUAGAUUAAUCGUUACUGAAAAAAGCGGUCAGAUUAUAGUAACGUUUUACCACGUUUAUGUAAACUUUACAAUUAAUCUGCGGCUCUCUUCUUAAUCUUAGCAGCUACGUUGAAUUCAAGCGGGGUUCUGGGAUUUUUUUCACGUAAAAUCUCAGUCGGAAACACUCGGAAAAACAAGUAACUUUGUUUUCCGCAGUUUUAUAGGUAUUUGUUUGGCAGUCGCUGACGGAUGUGCACGAACUAAUCCCAAUCUAUCAUCGGAUGAGGACUAACAUCAUAAAUCUAAAUAGUUGUGAUUUCAGUGUGACACAUCCUUUAAAACAAUUUUUAAGCAAUCAAAAGAAACACUGGUCCAAUUAAAAUGGUGAAAAGUUUAACUUGGAGACAUAUAACCAAAACAUAAAUAUAUAAAUAAAAUAAAAAGAACAAUGCGUUUCAAAUUUCAGUUCCUCAUUCGUGGCAGAUGUAUUCAUUCAAAGUACAUUCUGUUUUCAGCACAAAUUCAGUUUUAAUUCCAUGUCAUCUUAAUUCUUCAAUACAUUUGGAACCCAUUUGGUUAAGGGUUAUAUAAAGGUAAAUCUAAGUGCAGUUUUUUGAGGUUGUAAAAAUAUUGCAGAUGUCUUAAUCUCAGAUAGUAAAGUUCACACAGUGUGUCAUUCCUGCACAGACUGGACCUGCGGUCAGCUCAAAAACACUUCACAAAGAUAACAGCCAAACCUUGAGUACAGGACACAGAGUAAAAGUGAAGAAAAUGUUCUCUUUUUAUGACGUGAUGAUUGCUGCUUUGUUUCAGCCAUACACAGACCGGCUAAUCUGAUACACCCACACACACACACACACACGCACACAAAAAGUUGCUCAAAGUUCAAGAGGAGUAAAUAGUUUGUGUGUACACAGCGGUAAUGUAAACCCAGUAGAAGCAAGUAGAAACCUUUGCAGGACUGAAACCAGUUUUCUCUUUUAUAAUGAUCUCAUAUUUUCUUUACACCGUGUUUGCAGGUUUGGCAAUUUUGCCGUUUCUGCUUUACGCAAGAAAUCCUUAUAUUUGGGCAGAUUUGAAUUAUGCAUUCACUGUCAUUAACAUCGGGUUCCACCUAAAUAGAUACAGUAAAAGGAAGCCUUUCUACAGCAUUCUGGACUGUUUUCUGGACAAAGUAGCGAGACAUCCUGACAAACAGUUUCUAGUUUUUGAGGAGCGCUGCUACACUUACAGCCAAGCCGACAAAGAAAGCAACAAAGCGGCCAGAGCUCUGAGGACGCACGGCCACCUGGAGCAGGGAGACACGGUGGCCCUGUUCCUGGGAAACGAGCCUCUCUUCGUGUGGAUCUGGCUCGCUGUGGCCAAGCUGGGAUGUACAGCUGCUCUCCUCAACUACAACAUCAGAUCCAAAUCUUUGCUGCACUGUUUCUCCUGCUGUGAUGCCAAAGUGCUGGUGGCUGGUGCUGAAUUGCGAGGAGCUGUAGAGGAGGUGCUGCCGUCUUUGGGGCAGCAGGGUGUCCGCGUGUUUAUCCUCAGUGAGAGCUGUGACUUAGAGGGUUUAGAAAGUCUCUCUGACAAGAUCCAGCAGGCAUCAGACCAGCCUCUGUCACCUCAGCUCAGGUCCAGCAUCCAUCUAAAGAGCCCUGCAUUGUACAUCUACACGUCAGGAACCACAGGUCUUCCCAAAGCAGCUGUGAUUAACCAUAUGAAGCUAUGGAUGGCAUCUUUUCUUCAGUCUUUUGCUGGCAUUUGCUCAAAUGAUGUUAUCUACCUUAAUCUUCCCCUUUACCACAGUGCUGGCUUUAUGAUGGGACUUUGUGGAGCCAUAGAGAGAGGUGCCAGUAUUAUUUUAAAGCGUAAAUUUUCUGCUUCUCAAUUCUGGAAUGACUGCAGAAAGUACAAUGUGACAGCAAUUCAGUACAUAGGAGAGAUAUUGCGCUACCUCUGUAACACACCAAAGAGGGACAAUGACAGAGAUCAUAAAGUCCGAGUUGCUUUUGGAAACGGGAUACGAGGUGACAUCUGGACUGAAUUUCUGCAGCGUUUUGGGGACAUUCAUAUCCUCGAAAGCUACGGAGCUACAGAAUCAAAUAUUGGCUUUUUAAACUACAGUGCUAAAGUUGGAGCUAUUGGAAGAGAGAAUUUUUUCCAUAAAGCCAUGUGUCCUUAUGCCCUCAUACAAUACGACACAGAGAAAGAGGAGCCAGUCAAGGACUCUAGAGGAUUUUGUAUUAAAGUCCCCAGAGGGGAGACAGGCCUGUUGGUUGCCAAGAUUGUAAAGUUGUCACCUUUCAUCGGCUAUGCCAAGAAUAAGCAACAGACAGAGAAGAAGAAGAUGAGGGAUGUUUUUGUGAAAGGAGAUCUCUACUUUAAUACUGGAGAUCUCCUAAAGAUUGACAAAGAGGGAUUUGUCUACUUUCAAGACCGUAUCGGAGACACCUUCAGGUGGAAAGGUGAAAAUGUGGCAACCACAGAGGUAGCUGAUGUCUUGGUCAUGGUGGACUGCAUUGAAGAGGUUAACGUCUAUGGUGUGAAGGUGCCAGGACACGAGGGAAGAAUCGGAAUGGCAGCACUGAAGCUGAAAGAAAACAUGGAAUUUGACAGAAAAGUUACGUACGAGCACGUUAAAACAUACCUACCCAGCUACGCGAGACCACGAUUCAUUCGCAUACAGGAUGUACUGGCAGUGACCGGCACAUUUAAACAAACGAAGCUCAAGCUCGCAGAGGACGGCUUCAACCCAGCGGUCGUCACCGACCCGUUGUUCUACCUACAGGACAACCAGGGCUACAUACCCAUGACUCAGCAGAUAUUUGACUCUAUCCAGGAUGGAAUGCUCCGGCUCUGAAUUAAUGCUGGGUUUAUUGUUGCAACAUU